AUGCGCACUGGUGAAGCACUAAAGUUCCAUCACCCAGAUGAUGCGAUUCCGAUUGACGACGGAAAAACUGGAUAUUGGUGGUGUUCCACAACUCCGGAUUUUGACCGUGACGGUCUGUGGACACGGUGUCGACCUCAGCAUGCUUACAUGUUACCAUGCCACUUUCCCACGCGUUUAUCCAGCAGUAUCCCUGUGGGCGGAAUCGUUCGCGGUUUAGAUCGUGAAUGUCAACCGAUUGGAGGUAACUGGUUGUGUCGCACUGAGCUAAAUCAACUGAGAGAGUGUCCAAAGCAACGGGAUAUCAGAUCGGAAAAUGUCGAACAACAAACGGAAGGCGGCAAUGACCCAGGCUAUCCGUGCUAUUUUCCAUUCCAGGCAACGGUUCCUAUAUUAUCCGCUAAUGGUAACUGGGUUGGGAAACCCAGUAAACGGAACCUUACUCACUGUUUGCCUGGUAUAGAGAAAUCUGAGUUCCACCCGGAAUUUAUUUUUCCUCCAUGGAUCGGAUAUUGGUGUUCGACCACAGCAAAUUUUGAUGCAGAUCAUUUGUGGACCCGCUGCUCCAUCCAUGCCGCUGAGAAAAACGCUUUAUUUGCGCACACCAUCUUUCAAAGUGGACAAACGUUGGCACAUUUGUGGUCGUACAUCCACUGGUUAAAUUGGCUUUCGAAUAGCGAAAGUAGCAAAUUAGAUCCCUCUACUUUGGCAUUUAGCACAGAAUUCGAGAAUGCUCUGAAAGAAUUGAAUUUAUACCGCACUCAAUGGGAGAUUGCACAUUCAACAGAAGAUAACGUGGAGCUGCAGUGGUGGACGUGGCUCGCACCAUUUUGGUGGACUUCCUACAGGCUUAAUCACACGAACCGGCUGGAUGGCUUGUUGAGACACUCGACACAAACAAACGAAGAAAGUAAUCCUCUGUCAAAAGGAUUUCAGUUACCACAAUGGGUGGAAUCUUGGACCAGUGGUGUCAGCUGGUCCAAUUCCGGUAAAGAAAUGAACGCACGCUGGAAAAAACUGAAGCUAAUUGUGAGCUCUCAGUGGUAUAAAUCCUGGUUCACGGCCUACCUACUGGGUAUAUUAACUGCUGUUGGGGUGAUCGUUACAAUGCAUUUACUGUUUUUUGCUGGCAUUGAGAGACGCAAACGUGAGGCAGUAUUUCAAAUCAUGUGCAAAGAUAGAGGGAAAAAUCCUAAGCAAUAUGACAACGUUACCGGCGUCCCGCAAGAUGGCACUUUACCUGGCUAUCCUUAUUUUUCCCGCCCAGGAAUUUGUUCUGAUGAAUUGGAUGCUGGAGUAGGUUCCCAACCUAGUGGACAAACGCGUCCCAACUCUUAUUCUUCCCAAAGUUGCUUUUUUCACCCUUUCUGCCAUGCGGAGGAAACUGACCAACAUAAAACGGAUUGCAUAAAAGUUAUGAAUAUAGUUCUGGAGAACAGUGACAACGAAGGAGUAAAUUGUCAGACAAACAUAAACACAGACCGCUCAUCAGCGGUGCAUUUUCCCUGUUGGAGUUGCACCAAAUAUGCAACCUGUGUAUGGCACUACCUGUCCAUAAGAGAGGCACUAGAUCGAGUCCACGGUGAUUUACGGAAAAAUGAGAUGUGUAACUCGGUCACUUGGCAGCAUCUGUGCGAUCUAAUAUGGAAACACCGACAACCAACACUAACCAAUUGCGAAUUUUGUCGUUCCAUGAUUGACAGCACAUACGAAGUCCCAGAGCGUGAUGAAGAAUGUCCACGCGAGCUUACAUGCCCGAAUAGAGUAACAGAGCCUUGUGUUGAACCCUCUGCCCCACCUCCAAGUUAUGAUCAAGUUGCAAAAUAA